AUUCCUCGGUAGACAUUCGAACGGGAACGGUGUUUGGCUCUGCUGCGAUAGUGUGAACAGUGAACCUCUGUGAACGCGGUGAGAUCGAAAUCGAUUAGUAUCUUUCCGGUCCGGUGCAGUUUGGAGGAUGCAGAAAUAGCCAGCCACUUUCGCUACGCGUUAUCAGUGUGUACAGCGAAAAGCGCGCGUGUCUCGUUCGAUCAUGCCAAAUGUGAUAGCGAGUUUGGGGCGAGUGAUUUGAACGAUGCGCUAGACGGGGAACAUGUUCGUGAGCCGUGUACAAGAAAAGUUUGAUUGAGCUGCGUGGUGAAGGUGGAUCGGAAUUCCACCACGAGGAGGAGGAUCAGGAGGAGGGAAGCGCCCUUUUUGCAGCAAAAAAAAAACACAUAAUGUUGAGUGAAAAGUGUUGUAGCUGGUCGUGCGAUGAGCUGGGAUGAAUUGAGCGCAACGCGAUGCAUCUCUGUGCGAUUGGGUGAACAGACCAACCGAACCCGAGUGUCCCGUGUGUAUGUGGGUGUGUCUAUGCGUGUGCGCAAAAGGAUAAACAACGCAACAGAUUUCGUACAGUGACAUAAUUCGCUCAAGUAACAGGAAUACAAAACAAGCAAAAGAAAUACUUAAGAAUAUGGUGAAACCGGCGGCCCGGAUAGUGAUCAAGUUUCUAGAAUUAUUAGGUUGUGUGGCGUGUGUCAUUACGAAGAUUAUCACCGACCAUGAGUCACGGCGUGUGUUUGUGCGUAACCAGAAGCUAUCGCGAGAAUGGAGCCUGAUACACAACAUAACCUGGAGCAGUGGAGGGAAUGCAUUUACCAACAUCGUCUACGGCGGAUACACGAUAGUCAUCGCACUAAUGCUAAUUACAAGAUGCGUCGAUGCCAAAUCACGUCCGACCUUGUUCGAGAAGAUUGUACUAUCGCUGGGGACACUAUUGUUUUUUGCGGCUGGUGGACUGGUGUUUGCGUCGAUAGAUCAAGUCCAUCCGGAUCUGCACGACAAUGCCAUCAUACUGGGAUGUUUGUCCUUCUUCGUGGCGAUUCUGUUCGUUAUCGAUCUGGCCGAUCCGCUGGCACGCAUGACAGCGCACAUGACACAAACGGAGACAUCUGCCCUGACCGCGAUGGAUACACCCGAUAGGGCGAUGAUGAAGAAAGAUGUGUCCACCGAUACCGAACCGACGGUAUUCGUUGUUUCCAAGGCGGAUCCCAAUAGUCACCAUCACCACAAUCAGCAUCAGCCAUUGCAUCAUCAACACCAGGAUCUGGAUCAGCGGGAUCGUCGAGAGCAUCACGAUCAGCACGACUAUCGGGAUGGAUCACCACUCAACCGAAGCGCCGAAUCCAUCGUUGAACGUAAGGUGUAUCCUUCCGCGCAGGUUCCAGUGUUUGCACACGUCCGAGCACCGGAGGAAAGUAGGCGAAUUGCUGGGAAAGAGAUAAAAUAUCUUCCACGGCAAGAUUUCCGCGAUCGGAGAAACUAUCGUGAUGCGGGUCCGGCGAGCUACGCCACAAACCGUCCCUCGACAACGAAUCAACCCAAUGGUGGGGGCCAUCAGACGCGACAGCACUCGAGCGUCCCCGGAAGCUACCACGAUAAUGAUUCGUUCGUGGAAGACAUUCAACCGUCACGCAGGAGCACCUACGUACCGGCGGACAAGUUCGAUCAGGAAGCGAUGCAGAUGAGCAGUGCACCAGCAAGCCACCAUCGUAUGAGACCACCGCCACCAGCGAAACCUUUAAACAUCAUCCGAACGAACUUUGGAUCAAACCACAGCUCACCGACCGAGUCACAGCACAGUGCGGAAUGCAGAUGCUCACAGCGCAGCACCAGUACGCGAAGGAUGGAAGACUCGGGUCGAGACGAGUUCGAUUCACCACCCAUUCGGCCCGGGUUUGUGGCGAAUGCGGCCAAAAAGUGGGAUGAUCGGGCACGGAGCAAAAGUCAACCGAUCGUUGGGUUGAACACUAUGGUGUGAGCAUCUGAACAUCUCCCUUUAGUUUAAGUGUCCUCUUUACAUCUAGAGAAACCCCUAACAAACUCUUGCGAUUAUUUCGAGCGAUAGCAAUAAAAAUCAAUAAAGGAGCAGAGCAAACUGGCGAUUGAUU